AUGUCUCGCAAGCCAAUUGUCGGUGGCAACUGGAAGUGCAACCCUGGCAAACUGGGUGAUGCAAAGGCACUGGUGGAAGCCUGGAAGGAGAAGGGCUUUGACAAGGACAAGGUGGAUGUGGUCAUUGCCCCAACCGCUCUGCACCUGGGUCAUGUGAAAGCUCCUCUGGAAGGCUUGGGCAUGCAGGUGUCAGCACAGAAUGUGGGCAAGAAUGACAUGGGUGCGUUUACUGGUGAAUGGACUGCCGCGCACCUUCAGGACAUGGAGGUUGGCUACACCUUGAUCGGACACUCGGAACGACGCAGCAAGUAUGGCGAGACUGACGAGGAGUGA